UAAUGACAUGGCCAAGGACACAACCACUAAUGACAUGGCCAAGGACACAACCACUAAUGACAUGGCCAAGGACACAACCACUAAUGACAUGGCCAAGGACGCAACCGAUGACAUGUCCAAAGCCACAUUCACUGAUGACAUGGCCAAGGACAGAACCACUAAUGACAUGGCCAAGAAUACUACUAAUGACAUGGCCAAGGCCACAUUCACUAAUGACAUGGCCAAGGACACAACCACUGAUGACAUGGCCAAGGGCAAAACCACUAAUGACAUGGCCAACAACAUAAUUUCUAAUGACAUGGCCAAGGCCACAUUCAGUGAUGACAUGGCCAAGAAAACAUUUAAUGACAUGGCCAAGAACACAACCACUGAUCAGAUGGCCAUUGACAUGGCCAACACCACAGCUAGUGACACCAUCAGAAAGUCACCCAGUCUCAACACUCUUGAAGUACCCGUAGACUCCAGGAGGUCCUCUGGUUCAGAGAAUGAACUGACCAUCACUGACUACUUCACAUUCUACGAACUGUCCCAACAGCCAACUGAUGAAGGAGGCUGGCCACAUACAGGUGAAUCACAUGACCACAGUGGACAGGCUGCAGGUCAUCAAGGCUCACAGAUAGGUGAUACUAGGGCCACAGUGUCCGACAGUAGCAAGUCACUGUACAUGGCAGCCAGCCCCAUCGUAGCACAAUCAGGGCAAAUAAACGUGGAUAAUACUGAAUCAGUAGCCACUGGUCAGUCUUUAGCUGAAGCAGAUCAGAAGCAACUUGACACAAUCACAACUGAAUCAGUAGCCACUGGUCAGUCUUUAGCUGAAGCAGAUCAGAAGCAACUUGACACAAUCACAACUGAAACAGUAGCCACUGGUCAGUCUUUAGCUGAAGCAGAUCAGAAGAAACUUGACACAAUCACAACUGAAUCAGUAGCCACUGGUCAGUCUUUAGCUGAAGCAGAUCAGAAGCAACUUGACACAAUCACAACUGAAACAGUCGCCACUGGUCAGUCUUUAGCUGAAGCAGAUCAGAAGAAACUUGACACAAUCACAACUGAAACAGUAGCCACUGGUCAGUCUUUAGCUGAAGCAGAUCAGAAGAAACUUGACACAAUCACAACUGAAACAGUAGCCACUGGUCAGUCUUUAGCUGAAGCAGAUCAGAAGAAACUUGACACAAUCACAACUGAAACAGUAGCCACUGGUCAGUCUUUAGCUGAAGCAGAUCAGAAGAAACUUGACACAAUCACAACUAAAACAGUAGCCACUGGUCAGUCUUUAGCUGAAGCAGAUCAGAAGAAACUUGACACAAUCACAACUGAAACAGUCGCCACUGGUCAGUCUUUAGCUGAAGCAGAUCAGAAGAAACUUGACACAAUCACAACUGAAACAACCACUGGUCAGUCUUUAGCUGCAGCUAAUACUAAAGAACAUGACCCACAAACAGUUCCACUGCAAGCUUCCAUUUCCACGACAGACUCCUCAUUGCUCAUAGUUGAGUCUUCCACUGAAGAAAACAUUCAAGUUAUUCCAGCCUUGAGUGUAGAGGGCAGCACCACUACCAGCACAUCAGAUCAUCCAGUGCUACUAGAUACAGUCACCCAGUCACAUCAUGUGACAUCUAGUGCUCACGUACACCAGGACCAAACUCUGACUGCACACGUACAGCAGGUGAAUGAUACGUUUGAAGAGGGAGAACAAGCACUUAAACUUGAGGAAAGAUUUAGUGAGGGCAGUCAAGACAUUGUAGAAUCAAAAACUUCUUCUCUUCUUGUAGAACAGCAGGAAAUGGAUGUGACACAAAGUCAAAUCAGCAGAGUCUCAGAGAGAUGUCACGAUGACGGUGUUGAAAGAGCAGUACAGUCCCUAGAGGAGAAAGGAGAAUCAAGUAGUGAAGCUAAUGAUCACUUGCACACUAAAGAUGAAAAUAACAAGAAAUUACUGACUGAUGAUAAUGGAACAUGGAGUGAAACAAAUAAACAGCAUGCUAAGACUGAAGGCUCGCCUUCAUGUGAAGCUAGGGAUGGAUCUUCAGUUGACGUAUCCAUGGUAACUGAGACUGUGCCAUUUUUACCAAUCAGUGACAUAGUAGACCAGGUAAACAAAGCCACACCACCAACUCCACAUGGACUAACAGAAUUAGAUGAAAGUGGUUUGUCUAGUGGUUCACAGUAUGCUGGUGGUAGAGACCAGAGUGGGGUGUUGGAGGGUAUGAGGGGAGACAAUGAGGAAACUGGUGUCACUGCAUCAGAUGGCACUGGUGUCUCACCACAUGACACAACUGAGACUGGUGAACUGUUGACACAAUCACAGCUGUCUGGUACAAGACAUUUACAGAACUCCAGUGCAGGGAGUGGUCCCAUAGGCUCACAUGCAGCAGCUGAGGAUGACAACACACUUUGUCACAAUGCUGAUGAACAAGGUCUUUUUGACCUCAGACAGAGAGAGCUGAAUACUGAAGACAAGCAAGGCGAACAUCCCACACAAACAGCACUGGUGGAGACUCAAGGCCAACCAAGUUUACAACACAAGCCAGCAGGCGGUGAAGGGGUCAUGACUGAUGAGUUCAGUUCCAACCAAGAAUACCAGUCUGUGACUGAGAGGUCAGGAACUAGUGGUGAGAGUUACCAUGGUAAUGAAAUAUCAACCAGAGAUGGGACAUCAGGAGGUGAUUUAGCACCGUUGGUCACUAGUCCUAGGAUGGAGAAAUCUUCAGUGGAGAAGGUCACAGAUAGAAGUUUGUUGUGCAGCACAACUUCUGGGGAACAUGAAUUAACUGAAACCGUGUCAGUAAUGCCUUGUGACCCACUGCUUCAUGAAAACAUACAGGAAUCAAAACCUGACCUUGUCAGUGAGCUCACUAGAGUAGGGAAUACAUUCACAAUACCACUACAUGCUAGUCAGCUGUUUACAUCAGCUAAUGGAGAAAACAUAACAGAGAUAACAGAUAGUUCCAGCAUGCUAAAAGCAUCUGUUAAACAAGUAGAAUAUGCUCAAGAUAAAGCUUCAGAAGGAAUCUCUACAACAACAACAACUACGGACAUGUGCCACAAUGCUGCUCAACAAAGUCUAAGUGAAGAUGAGAAAACUCCAGCAAAGUCAAGGCAAGUUAUGUUCUCCACUAAAUCUGCUCCACUAACUCAGUCUUCAUCAGAGGCCAAACCAGCUACUCAAAUGUCAGACGGAGAUCCCUCUGAUGCUGAACUGCACCGUCAAGCCAACCUGAUCAUCAACUCGGUGCUCUACAACAUCCUGUGUCAGGAGUUCAAGAACAUGCUACCUACAGGCCAUACCAGUCUACCAGUAGACGCUCUAGCCUUGAACUCUCUCGCAUCUUUGGUGCCUGGAGUCACACAAUCAAAGUCUGCUACAGGCCACACCAGUUUACCUGAAGGUGUCUUAGCAUUGAACUCUCUUACAUCUUUGGUUCCUGGAGACACAGAAUCAAAGUCUGCUACAGGACCAUCCCAGCCCAGCAGAACUCAUCAAUCCUCUACAGACAAUGGCAUUUAUCCUCAAGUAUUAGGUGGUCAAGACAUAUCAGGACAGAAUAUCCCUGGGAAUUUAGUUCAAACUGUAGGCGAUUCCUUAAUGGACUUGAAGAAAGAAUCCGAGUCAUCAUUACCUUACAGUCAAAAUGACACGGAAGAGAAUGACAAGAGCAAUGCAAAUACCGAGGGUAAAGAUGAGAACAAGGCUGACAAGGUUCUCCAGCAGACUUUAGGUAUUGGGGCAUCAGAUGAACACAGCCCACAUAUGGGUGAGCUCUCCUCACAUGUAGUGUCUGAAACUGUUGCAGAUGUUGUGACCUCUGACCCCAUGAACCUCACAUACCCUGUAGGUACUAUACCACCACAGUCAGCACAUUCCGUAGUAACUGAACAUCAGAAGAAUAACUUCAACGUUGAAAGGAAUAACACAAAGACACAAUUGACCACAGCACAGACAGGCAUACAACCCUCAGGCUUACAAGCCCAGAGGGACAUACAGACCUUGGGCUUACAAGCCAGCAAAGCCCAGACAGUUACACAACCUCCAGGCUCACAAGCCAGUAAAGCCCAGACAGACGCUCAGCCCUCAGGCUUACAAGCCCAGACAGACACUCAGCCCUCAGGCUUACAAGCCCAGACAGACACUCAGCCCUCAGGCUUACAAGCCCAGGCAGACACUCAGCCCUCAGGCUUACAAGCCCAGACAGACACUCAGCCCUCAGGCUUACAAGCCCAGACAGACACUCAGCCCUCAGGCUUACAAGCCCAGACAGACACUCAGCCCUCAGGCUUACAAGCCCAGACAGACACUCAGCCCUCAGGCUUACAAGCCCAGACAGACACUCAGCCCUCACGCUUACAAGCCCAGACAGACACUCAGCCCUCAGGCUUACAAGCCCAGACAGACACUCAGCCCUCAGGCUUACAAGCCCAGACAGACACUCAGCCCUCAGGCUUACAAGCCCAGACAGACACUCAGCCCUCACGCUUACAAGCCCAGACAGACACUCAGCCCUCAGGCUUACAAGCCCAGACAGACACUCAGCCCUCAGGCUUACAAGCCCAGACAGACACUCAGCCCUCAGGCUUACAAGCCCAGACAGACACUCAGCCCUCACGCUUACAAGCCCAGACAGACACUCAGCCCUCAGGCUUACAAGCCCAUACCUCUAACCCAGCCCAAAUAAGACAACGCCACACCAGACGGGCCAGCAACCCAGAGGAUCUCAACGCCAAACUCACAGCUCUCUUCAAGAACAAACGCCAGAAACUUCCAUGGAAAAUUCCUCGGUUUGUCUACCCCUGUGGAUCCCAAAUCUCACCCAACAUUUCACAGCAGCAAUCUCAACACGCAGAAGGGUAUCUAGACUCGAGGCCUGUUAGAAAAGCUGUUUCUUUAUUUGAUGUAAGCUCAGAGGUUUUACACCCAAGUGAGCUGGUUCUACCUACAGCCCAAGGUGAAAAUGCUAGGCAGAGUCUUAGAAGACCUGAAAGAAGGGAAUUGAUCAACAUACUUAAACUUGAAGUACAGGCAAUAUUUGACAACUUAAGUGAAGACAGCCAGCGUAAAGAACCUUCUUCACUGACAGGAGCUGGGAAACAGGAGAAAGAUAUUGAUGGAAUCCAAGACGAGAAAGCUGGGAUGCUGGUCAUAGCAGAAAGAGAUGCAAGACUGGAUUUAGCAGCAGCAUUUGCUGGUGAAGGAACAAACCCCACUCAGGCAACAGCAAUUACAACAGCAGGCAAGAAAGAUGAAACUAUUCCUACUUCAGAUGAUGCAACAGUGCUACAACAUCAAAAAGUCACAGCUAACGGUCAAGACAGUAACAUCAAAACAAGUGCAGACAGUAGCUACAAUGUUGAGGACAGAAACAUCAAAACAACUAGUGCAGAAAGUAGCCUCAAUGGUGAUGCAGACAGAAACAUCAAAACAACUAGUGCAGAAAGUAGCCUCAAUGUCGAUGCAGACAGAAACAUCAAAACAACAGUUGCAGAAAGUAGCCUCAAUGUUGAUGCAGACAGAAACAUCAAAACAACAGUUGCAGAAAGUAGCCUCAAUGUCGAUGCAGACAGAAACAUCAAAACAACAGUUGCAGACAGUAGCAUCAAUGUUGAUGAGGAUAGAAACAUCAAAACAACUAGUGUAGACAAAAGCCUCACAUCAAGUACCAUCACAGCAUUCUCUGAGCUCAGCACAGGCACCACUCAAGGCAACAUUCCUCUAGUCUCAUCACAUGAUCAAGGCAGCCACUACCAACCUAGUGUUGCCACUACAUCUGAAGCUGUUGAAGAAACACUGCCUGAUGAUGAACAUUUUAAGGAGAUAACAUCAGAUGAAGAAGGGAGAUCUUUUGAGGAUGUUGAAGAAGUAGACUCUAGUGAAGAAGGGAAAUUAUCCACAACAAUUAUCCCAUUUGCAAGCCACACUGUCAUCCACAGGAAUGUAAGAAUUACUCCCUCACAUGCUGAUAAAACCAGAUCAGCUUCACCAGCCAGCGCCUGGAGACUAAAAAGAGCAGCAUUUUCCACAUCAGACGACACAGAUUCUUCAAGAAAAUCUCUGAGAGAAUCACUAGAAGAAGCAGCCGAGGAAGCGCUGAGUUCUGCCAGAGACAGCCCCGAGAGAUCAGAGAAUCUGAGAAUGGUUUCUAUACUCACUGGCCUUGGACCAGCAGCAGCACAUGAUGAAGAUCUCCAGCCGUCUGAUGGUUCUUUUAACUACUGGUAUUUUGGUGAUCCGUCACUUGAACCAUGGGAAGGCAAAGACGUGCAUUCACCCAAAGAACAUCUGAGCAGUAAGGCUAGAAGUAGACCCACACAACCUAUUCAAGAGAGUGACAAAGAUCUACAAAACAAAAAUAUUGAUGGGGAAAUAAACAAAGCACCAGGUCAUUCUGUUCACAAACCUUUCACCAAAAACUUGUUUGGCGUUUACUCCAUCAACAACCCUCUAGCUGCUUCAAGCCUUGACGAACCUUUUGAACCUGAAAACCCAGUCCUCGACAGUUUGUUGUACCCAAUAGCAGGUUUACAACCACCAGGUUCAAACUUCUUCGGAUCAGUGCCCACCCAAUCGCGCGGCUUUGAUCUGCAUAAACCAGGACAUUAUGAUCAUCCGAGGAUAACCUUGACCUCGGACUCUCUAGAGGAGAGCCUGAUCCUUGCUGACUCAUCGGAUGCCGAGAGGUUGUCAAUGGAGAUGGCGCUGUCAGUGCUGGAUGGGGAGGACGAUCUGGUAGAGAAUGUGGUGUCUGACAGGACUGAUCAGCUGUCAUGUAUAAGUGGUGAUCUGGCUGACGUUGGAAGAAAUAUAGAACUGUCACACACUGAAGGUGACACAAGUGGUGAUCUAUCAGAUGGAAGAACUAAAGAACUGUCACACGCUGAAGGUGACACAAGUGGUGAUCUAUCAGAUGGAAGAACUAAAGAACUGUCACACACUGAAGGUGACACAAGUGGUGAUCUAUCAGAUGUUGGAAGAACUAAAGAACUGUCACACACUGAAGGUGACACAAGUGGUGAUCUAUCAGAUGUUGGAAGAACUAAAGAACUGUCACACACUGAAGGUGACACAAGUGGUGAUCUAUCAGAUGGAAGAACUAAAGAACUGUCACAUACUGGAGGUGACACAAUUAGUGAUUUAUCAGAUGGAAGAACUAAAGAACUGUCACACACUGAAGGUGACACACGAGGUGAUGUUUCAAACGCAAUUGAAAUGAACAGAAGGAAUGAAUUGUUACACACAGAAGGUGAGAGAGCUAAAGAACAAUCCCACACAGGAGGUGAUACAUCUGAAGAACAAUCCCACACAGGAGGUGAUACAUCUGAAGAACAAUCCCACACAGGAGGUGAUACAUCUGAAGAACAAUCCUACACAGAAGGUGGUGCUACCAGUCAGCUGCCACAUUUUGCUGAUGAAAGAAAUACAGCAUUGUCACAUUCAGAUGUUAGAAUUGAUGGUAUGUCGUAUGGUGGAAGUAGAGGGACAGUAACUGAACUUGAUCACUAUAAAGGUGAAACUGCUAAGGAGUUCUCACACAUUGAAGGUGACACAACUAAAGAAAUCUCCCUCACUGGAGGUGACAUAACUAAAGAAAUCUCCCUCACUGGAGGUGACAUAACUAAAGAAAUCUCCCUCACUGGUGGUGACAUAACUAAAGAAAUCUCCCUCACUGGAGGUGACACAAAUGAAGAGCUCUCCUUCGCUGGAGGUGACACAGUUAAAGAACUUUCUGGAGGUGACACAUCUAAAGAUUUAUCACUUUCUGUAGAUGACGUGUCUAAAGCACUUUCACCAUCAAGAGGUGACACAACAAACGAACUAACUGACACUAAAGGGCACUCAAGUGUGGAAACAACAGCCACCGGUGGUGACAAAGAACUCUCACUCCCUGGAGGUGAGACAGUGAAAGAACAAUCACACAGUGGUGGUGACACAACAUCACACAGUGGUGGUGACACAUCACACAGUGGUGGUGACACAUCACACAGUGAUGGUGACACAACAUCACACAGGGGUGGUGAAACAACUAGUCAACUCUCACUCUCUGGAGGUGAGACAAGUAGUCAACUUUCAUCUCCAAGUGGUGAAACAACAAAAGGCUUAUCACUCACCGAAAAGAACAGCUCCAAUGAACUAACUCACACAGACAGCAAUGUUUCUCACACACCCAAAGGGUUCACGUCACCCCACCCCUCUGCCCUGGGGGUGUCCACAGAUUUCCACUCCAUCCAGCUGAGGCCUGCUGUGGGUGAGAGCUCUGUUGACCCGGCGUGGACAAGUCGACCCUCAGAGAACGCCCACCUGUUCUCUGCUGCAGGUGCUAAUUCAUGGCCACACUCUGCCCACACUGACCACAACACUGACCUCACCACAUGGCCACAUGCUACCUACACCGACCCCACCACAUCUGGUCUGUCUAAAGGCUUGACCAGCACUGGACAAUUAGAUCAUGACAGCUUGUCUAGACUCACAACUGAUGCUGAGAAUGCUCCAGGAAGCUCAAAAAAUUAUACCAGUGAAAGUGGAGUUAAAGAACUUGGAAGUGCUAGAGUUAUUGAACCUGAAACAGUUCAUAAAGAUGAAGUAAACAGAGAAGGGGCAGACAAUAAUGAGACAGCAAUAGACAAACAUUCAGAAUCCAAGAAAAGUAAAAUUGAUGACAAGAGUAAUUCCUACAUUGAAAGUGACAGAAAGUAUGAUAACCAUGUGUCUGAUGAAUCCUUCAUGGAAGAUGAAACUAAGGUAACUACACCAUCUGAAAACAGAAACAAGCAAAUAACUGGAAGUAAUCUAGAGGAAGCUAAUACUAAUUUUGACACUGAAAGUGAAAGCCAACAUGGCAACUCUGAAGAAAUCAAAAUGCCUAAUGUAGCUGGUGGUCAUUCAGUUGCUGUGGAGGGAGAAAUUGGUUCUACAGCUGAAAAUGUUUCUGGCCAGAGUGCAACAGGCAAGGAAACAGCUGAUACACAUUCUUCUAAUAAUGCUGAAAGUAAAAUAGUGUUUGGAACUGAAAUUACCAACACAACAGAUAUCAAUACAAAUGAAGAAAUAGAACAAAAAUCAGAAGAAGCAUUUAAAUUCCAGGCACAAGGUGAAAUAUCUGGAAACAAUUCCAUCACACAAGAAAAAGAUUAUGCAUCUAAUCUGAAGACUGAGCCAGGAAAUAUCUCUGAGCCUGUAUCUAGUGUCGCAACAGGCAGUGAUGGACCUUUACAGCUGUCACAACUAAAUGGUAUCCCUACAAGAGAUGGUACCAAGUUAGCUGGACCAUGUCAGGAGACAGAAAACAGUCAGUCACUGAAAGUAACUGGUGAGAUCAGUCUAACUGAAGACCAGGACGGGAGUGAUUCACAAGAAUGUGGAAGUGAGGGACAAUACAGGAGUCUUGCACAUGAAACUAGUGAAAAACAACACAAGAAACUUGCACAUGAAGAUGGUGAAAAACUACACAAGAAUCUUGCCAGCAAUGAUAAUGCAGAAGAAGAUAAAAAAUUUGCAAGUGAAGAUGGGGUUGAGAAAAUAUACAGGAAUCUUGCACUGGAAGAUGGUGAAGAACAAUACAACAGAAAUAUUGCCAAUGAAGAUGAAUAUGGAAUGAAUAUUUCAAGUGACAACUCUGCUCUGAGAAGGAAACAUCUAGAAAUUCUCGAACUGGCUGAAGAAAUCCUCAACAGAAGUAACCAGUGCUACGAUGUAGAUGACGACUCCGUGGACCCUGCCCUGAUAGAAGAAUGGGACGACAAACCACAGCUAAGCGAGUGGGAGUUUUACCACACGGGUAGGGGCGGGGAGCUGAGCUACAGGAAGGAGGAGACCCUGGCCAAGUUCCCUGACGUCAUUGUUCCAGGGAACAAAGUCACUGCAGUGGUACCAUCCGGGCCAGUAGUCAACAUGCCGUCUGAGCAAGAUAUCAACAGGCCAUCUGAAUGUGAAGUUUCUUCUGAGAGUAUUUCAAAGACCAACCAGAUCACAGACAAGACUCCAAGUUCUGGAGAGCUGAGCUUCAGAAAGGAAGAAACACUUGGAGAACACAGGCAACUUUUGCAACCUAUGAAGAACAUGGAGGCGGGUCCUCUUCUGUCAAAGCCACAAGCUGAGGAGACACCGGGUGAUGAGAGAACUGAUAUGGCAGGUUUUAGCACUGAGAAGAACAACCAGCUCAGUCCCAGAUACGUGGAAGAUGUUUCUCAAGAGUUUCCUGGCUCUAAGCAGAUAUUUGGUAGCCAACACGAGAAAGACCAAGACACUCACCAGAUAUUUGGUCAACAACAUGACCAAGACACUCACCAGAUAUUUGGUCAACAACAAGACCAAGACACUCACCAGAUAUUUGGCCACCAUGAAGACCAAGACACUAAUAAGACAUUUGUUCACCAAGAAGACAAAGACUACCCUGCCAAUAACUCAAACAAUAACCUAUCUAUAAAUAACAACCACCUAAACAGCUCUGUAGAGAACCAUUUCACCAAAGAUUCCACCACUGAAGACAUGGCUGAAAUGGACCAAUCAGAAACUUUCUCCCUAGAGCUGACUACAACAGAAGGGGAAGAUUAUGAUUUCGACAGCGGAGAUCUGACUACAAGAGACAGAGAGCGGUCGCCACUAUCAAGGAGGAGGAACAUCCCAGACAUCGACAUCUCCAACUACCAGAUCUUAAAUGAAAUAGAAAAACUCAAGUCUGAACACUCCAAGAUGAUGGGGCUGCUGGAGAGGAACAGGAAGAAGAAGGAACGGAUGCGGCAGAACCUGCCAUCCAGGUCUGACGGAUCACCUGGAUACCUGCUGGAGUCUGAUUCCUCAGGUGGGGAUUCACCUGUCACAGUUAUCCCAAGGAACGGUUCAGUAGGCGGCAGCACAGGGACAAGUCCCAUUGACCUGUCCAGUCUGGCCCCGCCCCCUCACAUUGUGGGUAGGAGAGAUGACCAGCGUAUGGGGGAGAGGAACACGGGGUUCCGGCCGGUGACUGUCAAGGAUGGAUCUGCCAACACAGAGCUGACCAAGGGGGCGUAUCACCACGAGAGGUCACAUCCACAGACGAGAAGCGUCAGCACCAACACUGUCAACGCCAGUGGAUACGUGAAUGGAUACAGCAGAGCAUCCACCGUGGAUUCCUUUAGCCAAACUAUCCCAGAUUUCCUUCAAGACGUAUCUACAAAUACAAAUUCUGUUACCAGAUCCGUAGACUCUUUUAUUUCUUCAGAAUCUACAAGUUCUUCAACAUCUACAAUCACGUCAAAGAAUAUAUCAAAAUCAAGCAUAGAAAAGAACAGCAACAAUAUAGUUAUGAAUUCUGUUGGAACACAGUUUGGCCAGAAAGAGACAAAGUCCUUCAUGGAAGAAAGAGUUGACGGCCGGAGCUCUGAUGAGUACUCCAGCCAGUUCAUGACCGACAGGUUCUACCACGACGACAGCUCCAGCACCAUGUCCAGAGACUCCACCCUCUCGCCCCUGACCCUCCAGGCCAUCAUGGACGACGACACGGACUCUGCCUUCUCCAUGUCCACCCUCAACACGCGUCACAUGGUCACCACGGGGGUGGGGGUCAGCGUGGACAACCUGGACGACUUCACCCAGACAGAGCUCCUGGACUUGAGUCUACUGACCGUCAAGGACAACGGGACGUCCUUCUCCUCAGAAGGGGACAGCCAUGAUAUGUCCAGAAUCCAAAAAGAGUUAGACCGGCUCCACAAUGAGAGAAUCGAAAUCAUCGAACUCCUCUCUCUGCACUACCUGCCUUCAAGUCUAACCAUAGAACUUCUGGAAGCCAAACUCAACUACUGCAUCGGUCAAACAGACGCACUUCUCUCCACUUUAGAAGAAGCCUGGGACAAAGAAGACACCUCCCCGAGGAAGUCUAAGACCUACAUCAAAGUAACCAAAGAGUAUUUAGAAGAGUACAAAUCCCAGAUGAGCAGAAGUAUGAAAGACAUUGAGUCAUGCCUGGAGACGCACCAAAGAAAACAAAAUGGCGUCCGCGGCAGGCGUAAGACGAGAGGAAGUGACAUCACGGACAUUAAGAGAAGGUCAGAAAUCGAAGCGUUUAAACUGGAGAGGUUGAGAGAGCAGUGUCGUUACGAAAGAGAAAAACUGAGAUCCAGAAACUACAGCCCCUUGAAUUAUUCCCUGUCUUCAUCCUUUGAGAACCUCUCCUCCACCGGGUCGCAAUCCACAGAAAGUUCAAUGCCAAGGUUGAUGACCCCGACACAGAGGCGGCAAUACCUGGUGAAGCUGAGGCGGGAUAUAGUUCAAGGUUCACAGGGUGAGAGACUGGACCACAGACACAGGUCAGUGUCACCACAGUACACACUCAGAUGUCCAGACCAGCCCUGGACAUUGAGAGCAUCAUCCUGCUCCCCCACCAGGUCUGAAACCUCCAGCAUCAGCUCGGUGCCUUCCUUAAGUCCGUUUACCUACCGGUCAAGAAACGGGUCUUACGUCAGACACCAGGAUCGCUACUACAGUCCUUCGUAUGAGAGGAUGACCUCGGCUCUCAGAAACCUGUCCUCAGACUACAGAGCCAACGUCAUGAGCUCGUACUCCAGCAGGGGUUUGAACCCGGACCAGCUGAUCAAAGAGUCCAAUGAGAUCCGCAGACAAAACCAGAUCCAGAUUGAGCAGGCUCAGGAGAUGUUGAGACAGCUGGACCAGAAGAGGUUUCAAGUCAGGCAGCUGGAGAGGAGACAAAUGGAAGGCAGCCCUAAUAGACCUCAGCCGAACCACUUGGACACAAGUCUAGCAAGUCUAGGUACACCAGACCAUGGACUAAACAACAGACGACAUUCAUCAAGAUCAACACCAUCAACAUUCACCGAAUACGCCAGAGAUCAUCUGGUGCGUGGACAGCGCCAGAUCAACUCCUUCGUGAACCACCACCACCACACUGUUCCACCACCAGCCAGCACUUCUAGUCACAGACAGGCUCGGAGACUCUCUAGACAGGAGCACCAGAGGUCAGCCACAUCCACACCAGGAGACAAACCCACCUCAACCACGGUUGCGUCGCAGACAGAUAACCUGUCACAGACUGGAGCUAACCUCGCAGACCAGCUGGAACCUGGCGCUGGUCAGCUGUCCAACAGAGGUGGAACAACAUCAGGGUCAGACCUGCCACAGGGAGAUGGACAAAGUAGCCAGGACUUGACCAGAGGCACCACAGCAGAAUAAAGAGUGGUCAGUCAAAUGUGACAACAGUGGUCAGUCAAAUGUGACAAGAGUGGCUGUACAAAUUGGCAACUUUUAAACACAAAUAUCUGGCCAUGAUAUAUAACUUAAUACAUUAUAAUCAUAUUACCUUACUUCAGAAACAUGCUCUACAAAAUUACUUUACCUAAGAAAGUUAUUUAAUGUUACUUUACUUGAAAAACAUGUUCUACAAAUAUUACUUUACUUAAAAAAUUCAACAAACCAUAAGAUAUAAAACAAUAUAAACAUUACUAUCAGCAAAUCAUAAAGUAUAAACAAGACAAAUAUGACUUGAAAAACAGAAAUUGUCAUAACACAAGCCCUUUGUUUUCAAACCAAAAAAAGAUUUACCAAGACAUAAAGAAUGAUAAAUAAAAGCUGAUUUAAAAAAACAAAACAUCUGAACAUCAACUGAAGCAUAAAACAAGCCUCUUUUAAAGAAAGCUUGAUCUUAGUAAAAGAAAUAUUUUUAAACUUGACGCAAAUAUUCAAUGAGAUAUUUUUUUACCCAAAUCAGAUCAUUCCGAAAGAAAUCCCAGAUGUUAAUACACAUACCUCACUCAUCUCAUUGUACGUAACCAUAAAUCAUCAUUCUCCAUAUUGUCAUGGAAUUACGUGUUUCUUUGUGUAAGUCUUGUCUGAAACAGUUUUUAUGUCCCUUUGUUUAGUCUUGUCUGAAACAGUUUUCAUGUCCCUUUGUUUCCUCCAUCAUCUGUGAUACACAUUCCAUGCAACUGGUGCCAAAUAAAUUUGUGCUUUAUCAAUAUCUAGUUAACCCUUGCUUGUAUAGGAACAUGGGGAAUUUUUUAACCCUCUGAUGCCAUGUUAUUUAUAAAAAAGAUGAACGUAAACUUCAACACAUUGUUGGGUGUUGGAGGGUUAAUGAAUGCUGAUGUGCUGUAUUAGACCUGCAUCUUGUGAUGCUCUUGUAUGUAGUUUUAUUUAGUUUCAUUUUUAUAUUGUUUACUUGACACAUCAUUAAAUAAGGUGUACCUUAAUGACCAAAGUUCGCUAAUAUGUAUUGAUAAUAAAGUAUUUAUAAAUUGGACGGCUGUCUCUUCAUGUAAAAUUAAUGACCAAUAAUUCAUACCUUUUCUUAAUUCUCUAUUAAUGCUAUGGUUAACAUUAUUCUGAAAUAAUUUUGAUAUAUAGUUUUAAUGUUGAACAUUGAAAUUCAAUUCAUUUGAAACUUUGGAAUAUUUCUCAUUGUUGCCUGAAGAUAAUGUAUAACAUAAAAUUACAAUGAUAUUACUUACAGUCCUCACAAUGAAAAAUUAACAAUCACACUAUAUAAUAUAUUGUACACAGUAUUUUUUAUGUAAAAGAAAUGUUAUUUGUUUCACAUCCUAUUUCUUUGUGAUCUGAUGUACAUUUUUAAUCCGUCCAAAAAGUCACAAAUAUUGAAUACAAUUUUUUUUUAUAUUAAAUUAUAUUUUUACGUUGUCAUUUUCUAACUUUGUACAAAUAUUUUUCUCACAAGAAGAUAAUUUCUGGUAGCCAACAAUCACAGGGGGCUGUCUGUGUAUUUAGACUUGAGGAGGCAGAUUUCCUCAGAAUUGUUGCCAAAAAUGUAUUUGCCAGCUUGCCUAUGUGUAAAAAAUUUUGUUUGUAAACAAGUUAAAUCAGUAUAUUUAUUUUAUUUUUACUUUCUUCUAGAUUAGAAAAUUUAAUUUAUUUCAUGACUUCUUUGUGAAAAGUUUAAAAUGUGGAACAUUUCACAAUCUAGACCUAAAUAGACAAGGCUGAUAAAGCUGUUUGUUAGUAGGCCAAAUAUUAUUUGUUAACUUCAAAACUUCUAAGUGUCAGACAAGAGUUUCAGCUAUGUCUUGCCCAACUUUUAAUUUAAUAAUUGGUUCAUCCUUUUUUUUUUUUAGUAUUACUUCUAUCAACUUAUUACUGGUUUUUUUUAUCACUCUUUUGAAAUUUACUCCAUAAAUUUUAACAAAACAAAUUUAAAAUAUUUUGUUUUUACUUUAAAAUAUUCAGUAUUUUACUCAAAUUCUGAAAAUUAUUUUUUUAAGUUAUUAGCUAUAUCAUUAAUCGCGAAAGGGGAUGGUGGUAGAAGUUUAAUUGUAAAACACAAAUACCUAUUCAAUUAACUCGAUUUUCACAAGUUUAUGCUAAUUUAUUAUAUGUAGAGCUUUUAUACAUCUAAUAUAUUAUUUUUAUCAUUGUGUAUAUGGUCUGGCCAUGGCAGUUGGUUAUGUCCCCUGAAGCUAUUGACAUGUACAUAAUUAAAUUAAUUUAUUAGCUGAAAGCAUGUAUUUAAAUUAUGAAUAAAUAUUUUUUUAGAAUG